UGUAAUCUUUUUAUUUCUUUUUCAGCAGUAGCGAACAAGAUGGGGAACUCCGUAAGGCGGUACUUAAAUUCGGAUUUCCUUGUAUUUGUCAGAACCGGAGAUCGUAAGCAUGCGUCAACCGACGCCAAUGUCAAAAUCAUUUUGAUCAACGAAGACGGAGAGAAAUCUUACGAGAUCGUCUUGGAUAAUAUUCUACGAGAUGAUUUCAAAAAAGGUGCCAGUGAUACGUUCUCGGUGAGAAAUUUGCGAGAUUUCGGUCGAGUGGAAAAAAUCGAAUUCUGGCGAGACAAUGCCGGAGUUUCUCCAGAUUGGUACGUGGAGAAAAUCAUGGUGGAAAAUGUUAAAACUAAUGAAAUGAGUAUCUUCCCCGUGUUUCGGUGGAUCAAAGCUAAUUAUCAUUACCAAAUUCGUCAUCUGGAUACAAUUUUGCCUCAAGACGAUGAACAAGUCGAGCAACGGAAAAUGGAAUUGGAAGAUAAACGGAAAAUCUACAUUGCCAGUCAGAAAGGACCCGGGUUCCCAAUGAUGGCAGAAAGUUUACCAACAGACGAACAAUUCUCAUUUGAAUAUAAGUGGAGUAUCGUCCGACGCAAGGCUCAGCUGAUCGCCACAAGUAAACUGGUCAAAUUAAAGGAAGCCGGAGAAUGGGCGAGUUUCGUCGACCUCUUUAAAGUCUACACCAGACAUGUUUUCAGUAAACCGAUGAGUGUUCAGAGCUGGAGGAAUGAUUUGAACUUCGGUCUCCAGCGAAUCACGGGCUGUAACCCCAGCUUCAUAAAGUUGUGUACGAAAAUUCCAGAAAAUAUGGGUGUCGACGAAGAAAUGUUGAAACCUCAACUGGAAGACAAAACUCUGGAAGAGGUAAUCGCCGAGAAAAGACUGUUCUACACCGACCACAAAAUUAUGGAUGGACUGAAGCACCGAGAAGAUUUCGAU